CGUAACUUCUCGCGUGUCUCGUGACAAACGACGGGAUAAAACGCUCUCUACUCACAGUAAAAUCAUAAAUACCGAGGAACAAUGGCGGAUUCCAACAGAACGGAGUAACUAGAUUUAAGGAGUGCAUUUGAGAUCCGUUUUUUUUUCUUUGUUUCAAUUUCCAACACAAACCACACAUAAAAUAUUAGACUGUCUUGUUUCUCACAGUCGUUAGAGUGAGCGAGAGAAGAAAGAAAUAGAAAGUCAAGGAAAAACAGAUUAAGCGAAAAAAGAAGAAGAAAGAUGGGAAGAUCUACUUCCUGUUUCAAAAUCAUCACUUGUGGCAGCGAUUCUGCUGAAAAUGAUGACGCUAUCGAUAACAAGAGAUCAAGUGACAAGAAGGGAUGGAGUUUUCGAAAGAGAUCUGAACGGCAUCGCGUGCUUAGCAACAUUGUGAUACACGAAGCUACUUCCGGGCUUAAGGAAAGCCCAGAAUCAGCUGGUUUUAAUUUUCAGCAGCCAGAUGUCUCCAUUGUACCUGAGAAAACCUCCAGUGUUCAAUACACUGAAGAGAAACCUCAGUUGCUGACACCGAAAGAGUAUAUUGACGAAAAAUCUCAGUUGCUGGCACCAAAAGAGUAUGCUGAAGAAAAAUCUCAGUUGCUGACACCAAUAGAAUGCACUGAAGAAAAAUCUCAGUUGUUGGCCCCAGAGGACUCAAAAGUGCCUGAGCCUGUUGCUGCCACCACAAAUGAGGCUGAAGAUGAUGCCAACCUGAAUGAAUCUGUUGUUGUUAUCAUCCAGACUGCUAUCAGAGGGUUCUUGGCACAGAAAGAGCUAGGAAAGCUUAAAAAUUUAGUGAAGUUGCAGGCUGCUGUACGUGGGCACUUGGUUCGAAGGCAUGCUGUGGGGACCUUACGGUGCAUUCAAGCCAUUGUCAAAAUGCAAGUUCUUGUUCGUGCUCACCUUUCUCAAGAUGGGUCUUGUGCCGGAAAGAAGCAGGAUGGCAAGCACCAUAAAGAAAAUCAAAGUUUGCAGGGAAGCUCAGCAACAAAACAAAAUGUAACUUAUACUUCCAUAGAGAAGCUGCUUAGCAAUAGGUUUGCUUGUCAGCUGAUGGAUUCAACACCCAAGACCAAACCUAUCCACAUCAAGUGCGAUUCAUCAAAACCAAAUUCUGCUUGGAGCUGGUUGGAGAGGUGGAUGUCUGUGUCAUCAUCUGAAAAGGCUUCAACGGCAGAGUUACCAAUUGAACAACUAGAAAGUGAGAAAAAUGACAAUUGCAACUCCCCAGUUGAUGCUACAGCUCCAUCUGAAGCUGUUUGUGAGUCAUACGAACCAAAGUCUGAUGUAAGGGAGAUGCUGGUUUCAUCAGAGAGUGAAGAGAAUCUAAUCACAUAUGAUGCAACCAACUUUAAGUUUGAGGCAUGCCAACCAACUUCAUCUUCGGUAAUGGAGGAUUUGGAGCAACCUGAGAUUGACAACACAAGGUCAUCCAACCUGAAAGAGUCCUUGCAAGAGAUAAAUUUGCAAGAUCAAACAAUGCAAACAGAUGCACGGUCUCAAACAGAGGUCAGUUGUCUUUCUCACAAGCCUGAAAUGGAGAGCGAACAACCCAAACAUUCUAUGAAAAGAUUUGCUUCUGAACAACUGGAAACAGAGGCAAAAGAAUUUGUAUUUGGAUCAAGACAGUCAAGUAAUCCUACAUUUAUUGCUGUGCAAACAAAAUUCGAGGAGUUGAGUUCAACAGCCAAUUCAAGUGGAUCAAUUAAUUCGGUCCACGAAGAUGUUGGAGUUGAAUCAAACAAGGAUAUGGUGUCAUCUGGGGUAGAUACGAUAAGCAGGCCAAAGGAGCCAAGCAUCACAGAAAAUCCAGUCCUCAAGAAUUGGAGGGUUCAGCAUGGUGGCUCUGAAUGUGGCACUGAGCUUUCUGUUACUUCCACUCUUGAUUCACCUGAUGCAUCUGAAGUUGGAACCGUAGAAUAUGAACAUGGAGCCAACGUUUCUGAGCAAGAAAAUUGCAGUUCUAAUAGUAGAAAGGAUUUGGAUGUUAAAGAAAAUAAUGCAAUUGUGUUCCCAGUGCCUGAUUCUUCUCUAUCUGUUGCUGAUCAGCUUGAGAAACUUGAUGAUGCUAACAGUGUAUCAGCAAAUUUAAUUCUUGUAGACUCCCCUCAAGGAGAGCAGGAGCCACUGAAAAGCACAUCUGAUCUGCAGAAAGAACAAGACUCUGAGACAGCUAAUCAAGCAUACAGGUCAUCCCCAGAAGCUUCUCCCAGGAGCCAUAUGACUGUUCCAGAAUCCCAAGGAACACCUUCUAGUCAGGUAUCAGCAAAAGCUAAAAAGAUAAAAACUGACAAGAGGAGUCAAAAGCGCAAGUCCAUGUCUGCUGCUAAGGGUUCCCCAUCAACUCCAGCUUGUGAUAGUGGUGCAAGGAGUAGUAUGGAACAAUUGCCCAAAGAUCAGAAAAAUGGGACGAGACGCAAUUCUUUUGGUUCAACAAGACCUGAGAGCAUUAGUGAGGAGCCAAGAGAUAGUAAUAGUAGCAAUAUUCUUCCCCAUUUCAUGCUAGCCACAGAAUCUGCAAGAGCUAAGGUUAAUGCAAAUAACUCGCCAAGAUCAAGUCCAGAUGUGCAAGAAAGAGACAUUUAUAUCAAGAAGAGACAUUCCUUACCUGUUGCUAACGGGAGGCAGGGUUCUCCAAGAAUCCAGAGAUCAAUGUCUCAAGCGCAGAAGGGUGCCAAAGGAAAUGGUACCAAUCCUCCUCAUGAGAGAAGAUGGCAAAGGUGAAGGGUUAUUCAGAGCAACCAUAUAACACGGUACCAUGGUGUUCAACCUCUCAGAUUGAAAUUUGGAACGGAUUGAUGGUCUUUCUGUCUAGUUUUAUGCCUCAACAUCUCAAUUAAGUUGAUUCAAGCAUGCCAUCUACAUUUAGGGUUUGACAAGGGAGGAGUGAGGAGAUAUCUAUAUAGUUUCAAAACCAUUGAUAUAUCUAUAUAUAUAUAUAUAUAUUUUUUUUUUUUUUUCUGAACUUUCUGCCUGGGAAGUAUGCUUGUGUGUUUUGUUCAACAGUGUUUGGUUUGAUGUUACUCAAGUUUUUUACAGCAUGUUUUGGGAUGUCUGUUCGGGGUUUAAGAUAAUGAUUGUAAUGUGGAGAGCUUUAGAAAGGGCUUUAGAUUACUGUUUCCUGUAAUAACUCGGCCGUUCUCUGUUGCAUUGGCCACCACUCCCAUGACUAAUUUAUAUUUUUUUUCAGUUCCAUUGAUUAAUUCUAUAAAAUUGAGUAAAA